AACGGAGACCUUUUGCCCAGCUCUUUUUUUUUUUUUUUUUUCUCGGAAACCAGACUGCUAAACCGGCAUCCGAGGAAGCUACGGUGGAGAGGUUUGCGCUUAGACGCGCGCGCCAGACCUUCCACUGCACUUUGGGGAGUCGUGCUCCCUCCAGAAUCAGCGUCCUGAGCCCACAGACCCCGGCUGCGCGGGGGGCGUGGGGCGGCUGUCGGGGCCGGGGCAGGCUAGCCUAGCGCGCGGCGCCGCACAGACGCCCCGGAGGCGCCAGCUGCGUUGGCCCUAGCCGUCCCGUGCCCUUCGGCCGUGAGGGCAGGCGUCCGGAUUGGUCUCGGCGGAGCGGGAAAGCGCAGGCGGCGACCGCAGCUGCUCCGGCUGCCGGCCGACUGCCUCGCCUUCGCCCGCCUCGCUUCCGCCAGCGGUUCUCACUUAACGCACCUUCUCCCAAUUCUCCUUCCCCUCCCCGCGCCCUGCGCGGACCUCCCUCUCCGGCUGUCGCCGCCGGUGCUCCCACAGCGGAGCGGAGAUUACUGAGCCGUCGGGAUGCCCCAGCUCUCCGGGGGAGGCGGCGGCGGCGGGGGGGAUCCGGAACUCUGCGCCACGGACGAGAUGAUCCCCUUCAAGGACGAGGGCGAUCCCCAGAAGGAAAAGAUCUUCGCCGAGAUCAGUCAUCCCGAAGAGGAAGGCGAUUUAGCCGACAUCAAGUCGUCUUUGGUUAAUGAAUCUGAAAUCAUCCCGGCCAACAACGGACACGAGGUGACCAGACAAGCUCAGACCUCUCAAGAAUCCUACCACGACAAGGCCAGAGAACACCCUGAUGAUGGGAAGCAUCCAGAUGGAGGCCUUUACAACAAGGGACCUUCCUACUCGAGUUAUUCUGGGUACAUAAUGAUGCCAAAUAUGAACAACGACCCGUACAUGUCAAAUGGAUCCCUUUCUCCACCCAUCCCAAGAACAUCCAACAAAGUGCCCGUGGUGCAGCCUUCCCAUGCGGUGCAUCCUCUCACGCCCCUCAUCACCUACAGCGACGAGCACUUUUCUCCAGGCUCACACCCGUCACACAUCCCGUCAGAUGUCAACUCCAAACAAGGCAUGUCCAGACAUCCUCCAGCUCCUGAUAUGCCUACCUUUUAUCCCCUGUCUCCGGGUGGCGUUGGCCAGAUUACCCCACCUCUUGGCUGGCAAGGUCAGCCUGUAUAUCCCAUCACGGGUGGAUUCAGGCAACCCUACCCGUCCUCACUGUCAGUCGACACUUCCAUGUCCAGGUUUUCCCAUCACAUGAUUCCUGGUCCUCCUGGCCCCCACACAACUGGCAUCCCUCAUCCAGCUAUUGUAACGCCUCAGGUUAAGCAGGAGCAUCCCCACACUGACAGCGACCUAAUGCACGUGAAGCCUCAGCAUGAACAGAGAAAGGAGCAAGAGCCAAAAAGACCUCACAUUAAGAAGCCUCUGAAUGCUUUUAUGUUAUACAUGAAAGAAAUGAGAGCAAAUGUCGUAGCCGAGUGUACUCUCAAGGAAAGUGCAGCUAUCAACCAGAUUCUGGGCAGAAGGUGGCAUGCCCUAUCCCGUGAAGAACAGGCUAAAUACUAUGAAUUAGCACGGAAAGAAAGACAGCUGCAUAUGCAGCUCUAUCCAGGCUGGUCUGCAAGAGACAAUUAUGGUAAGAAAAAGAAGAGGAAGAGAGAGAAACUCCAGGAAUCUGCAUCAGGUACAGGUCCAAGAAUGACAGCUGCCUACAUCUGAAACAUGGUGGAAAACGAAGCUCAUUCCCCACGUGCAAAGCCAAGGCAGCGACUCCAGGACCACUUCUGGAAAUGGAAGCUUGUUGAAAACCCAGACUGUCUCCACAGCUUGCCCAGUCGACCCCAAAGGAGCACUGACGCCAACUUCCCCCUGAGGUCACUGCUAGAGACGCCGAUCCCUACAGACAAUCACUGCCAACCUUCCCCCACCACCCCUGUGUACUGCAAGAGGCCAGCUCCAGAAGAAAGCAUAUCAAGAUUUUGUCAAAGGAAAUGGAAGAGCGCACACGAGAAUGCUGGCAGGCCCUGGGUCCGCCGGGCAGCUCUUCUGCCCUCACCUCUGCGUGCGCUGCCCAGAGCGUUUCGUGUCCACACUUGGACCCUCUUGGCAAGGACAGCGUCUCGGCUGCGUUUGCCCACCGUGCGCACCUGGAGCCGGCAGCUGACACGCUUAGCAGCAUCGCCAGGGGAGGGAUUUGAGGAAGAGCUCCCUCUCCGUUCCAGUCUUCACUUGGCUUUCUCUUCUUUUCUCCUGAAGCUUUUAUUUAACAAUGCAAAAGGAUCAACCUACACCUGCUUGGGUUUUUUUUUCUUUUUUAAACUUGAAUUUUUUUAACUUACACUUUUUAGUUUUGAUUUUGUUGUAUAUUUUGCUGGCUAUGAGCUUUUAAAUAAAUUUCAAACGUCUGCAAAAGUUUGAAAUGAAGCAAUGAGAAGAAGCCCUCCUUUCGAAAGAGCGAUCUUGUCCAAAUUUCAUCGGCUUCUGUCUCGUGUCCGGUGUUGAGCGAGCCGUCAGUGGAGCAGCCCAUCCACGUCGUCGGGAGCAGUUAGCAAUCCUAUUUCAUUUUCCUUCUGAUUUUUUUUUCCUUUGUAAGCGGUUAACAGAUACUUUGAGCAGAGCGGUCUGCAGUGAACUUUCAUUUCUUUCCUUCUCACUCCCUUAUUGUAAAAAGCCCAGCACUUGAAUUGUUCUUACUUUAAAUGUUCUGUAUUUGUAUCUGUUUUUAUUAGCCAAUUAGUGGGAUUUUAAUGCCAGUUGUUAAAAUGAACAUUGGUGUACCCAGUUUUUUGUUUUGUUUUGUUGUUUUUUUAAAUAGCAAGGCACAGCCUUUGCCCCAAACUGUCAUCUAACGUUUGUCGCUCCAGUUUGAGUUAACGUGCUGAGCAUUUUUUAAAACAAGCUUUGUAAUAAAACAUUUGG